UGAUACCAUUCUCCAAUAUUGGAGCGUCAAGUAACUCCCAGACAAGGCCCUCAGGUGCUCAACCCGAACCACGACGACUAUGCGAAACAUUCUCAAACUGAGGGAGAGACCAGGUGAGGAGGUUCCGCAAGAAGUGUACGGAUGGAGGCCCUACGCUCUCGCAUUUUCCGCAUCAUGGGCAUCUGCGAUGUAUGGAUAUGAUUCCGCCUUCAUUGGCGGCACUCUCAACCUGCCCUCGUUCCAGAGAACAUUCGGCCUUGCAGACGCCAGUAAGCGAGCAAAGGCAGACUUAUCCUCGAAUAUUGUUUCCACUUUCCAGGGCGGCGCAUUCUUCGGUUGCGCCGCUGGGUUCUUCAUGGCCGAGCGCUUCGGUCGUAAAGCUACCAUCAUGGCAUCCGCCGUCAUCUUCACGGUUGGGGCUAUAUUGCAAAUGAUAGGUCGCCUGGAUCUACUUUACGCGGGUCGAGUGUUCACGGGAUGGGGCGUUGGAGCCAGUGCAAUGAUUCUACCCAUCUACGUGUCAGAAUGCUCUCCUGCAUUGAUUCGUGGGCGAUUGGUGGGGGUGUUUGAGAUCAUGCUUCAGGUCGCACUUGUGUUCGGAUUCUGGGUCAAUUAUGGCGUGAACAAGAACAUCCCCGCGACGACAUCAAAGCAGUGGCACAUACCGGUUGCAGUGCAAUUCAUCCCGGCUGGAUUGCUAGUCUUGACCAUGAUACCCAUGAUAGAGAGUCCUCGAUGGCUCAUGUCGAAGGGUAGAAAGCAGGAGGCAGCCAAAGCUCUGUCAUGGGUAAGGCACUUGCCAGAAGACCACCCCUGGAUCAUACAUGAGCUUUCAGUGGUUGAAAAUGCAAUAGAAUCCGAAGUGGCUGGUUCCCCGCGCACAUGGAAACAAAUAGGACGAGAGUUGUUUUCAGCCGGUGUGAGAGGGCGUAUCAUUAUCUCGUUCAUGAUGAUGAUAUUCCAGAACUUCACUGGUAUCAACGCAAUCAACUACUACUCUCCAACGAUAUUUACUUCCAUUGGUUUCACCGGAACUUCCAAUGGCCUCCUUGCAACGGGUAUCUUUGGCAUCGUCAAGAUGGUGGCUACCAUGCUAUAUGCUGGUUUCCUUGUCGACAAGGUAGGCCGUCGUAACCUGUUGCUGAUCGGUGGCGCGGGAGCAGGCAUCAGCAUGUUCUACCUAGCCGGUUAUUCCCAAAUAUCGGGCUCGUUUGAGCGCACGCCGCCGCUCGACUCUGGUGCCCGCGCAGCCGUCGCCAUGGUGUACAUUUAUGCCCUCUUCUACGGCCUCAGCUGGAAUGGAAUACCCUGGUUAUUCUGCUCGGAGGUCCUACCCACGCGCGUUCGGACUGCUGGUAUGGCAUUCUGCGUGUGUAUACAGUGGCUGACACAAUUCGUCGUUGUGUACUCUUUACCACAUAUGGUCAUUGGCAUCAAACAUGGUACAUUUCUCUUCUUCGGAGCAUGCACAGUGCUUGCGAUUGGUUUCGCUUGGUUGUUUGUGCCAGAGACGAAGGGUGUUCAGCUCGAGGAUAUGGAUCUAUUGUUCGGGCGUGACGUCUCGAUCGUUGCCACGAAGGCGAGGCAAAAUUAUGAAGAUGUCCGGAAUGCGCGAGUGGUUGUAGCGGAGGAGAAGGGCAGUGUGGUGUAUGAGGAGAAAGUCUAA